AUGGCCGCUGAACAGCCAGAUAUCCAUUUCAUCGGCACUUAUACCCGCUAUUCCAGCUGGACGAGUCGAGUCGAGGCGGUCUUGGAGUAUUUCAAGAUUCCGCACACUCGCCAAUUCAUCAAGCUGUCUGAUGUGAAAACUGUUUCGCCAUCCGGAUAUGUGCCCUUCCUGGAAUGCCGCUCCCUCGGUGGCACCAGAAUCUGUGACUCACUCGCAAUCUGUGAAUUCCUGGCUGAGUCGCACCCCGAAUUACCUCUCUGGCCUCGGGAUCGCCAAUUGAGGGCUCUGGCUCGCAGUGCUACUUCUCAGAUGCACUCUGGCUUCACUGCGAUCCGAAACUCGUUCUCCACAAACUUCCUAGCCCACUAUACUGGCAACAUCCCGAUCUCCGAUGAGGCGCAUAAGGAGAUCCAGAAGAUGCUCAGUCUUUGGGAUACCGCUCGUAAAGGCACCAAGGAGCGCCUUGCAGCACUGGGCGAGACCGAUGAAGGCUUCCUGUUUGGAGGGUUCAGUAUUGCUGAUGCCUUCUUCUGGCCGGUUCUUACGCGAUUCCGCACAUACGACCUGCCUCUAGAUACCGCUAGCGAGGACGCUUUGGCUUGGAUGGCAAAGAUGUGGAACGAUCCAGUCUUCAAGGGACUAACUCACCGGUACUAUGAGCAAGCUAAGGAUCCAGAGACUCGCAUCGAGCACUACGACGACAUCUUCCGAGGACGGGAUGAUAUCCAUUACGACCAGUUCCCUGAAGACUGGACCUUCUCUGUUCCUGGCAAAUAG